AUGUUUCGUAACGAGUAUAACCUUGCAAUGGAACGAGACUCGGGUAGCGUGUCGUCUGUGUCCUCCUUCCAAGUGGACGAUCUGAUGGAGAAACUGAAGCUGCUGAACUACGAACGACUGUUGCUCAAGGAGAUGAAAAUGAAGCAGAUCAAUCGCUACUACUUUCUGCGCUCGUUCAAUCCUGGGGAACAAUUUUUCAUGUUCACCUCGAUCUGUGCCUGGUUGAUACGCAAGAUCGGUAAAACGUUCGACCAACCGCAAGAGUUCGAUGAUCCAAACAUUGUAAUAUCGCGCAUCAUAAAAGUGUUGCAGGAAAUGGAUGUUCCUACCGACUUCCAAACGAAUCGGCUCAUUCAAGGUGCUGGUCCUAUUUGUGUUUACAUCAUGGACUGUCUAGCUACGCAGGCACUCAAGCUAACAAAAUUCCAGAUGAAACGUCCGGAAUGUCGCAAAGAGGACGACCCAAUGGUCGACCUGAUAGAGAACGAUUCGGAGAUCAUACUCGAGAAGGUAGAAGAGGAACAGAUGGCAGGUGGCAGUGAUGACAGUGAUGACGAACGCAAUGGGCUGUUUGAUCUGAGCUUUUCCGAUCCGGCCCGAUCAGCUGUCAGCACGCGGAAGGAAAUGCGUGAAUACAAGGUGGACUCACUUUCGGACAGCGAAGCAUGGCGGUUGGAACUGGAACGCGUCCUGCCGCAGUUGAAGGUCGUAGUGAAGACAGACCCGCGUGACUGGCGGGCUCAUCUUGAGCAAAUGAGAAGUUUGCGAAGUAACAUCGAUUCGGCCACCGAGGAAACGGAUAGUCAACUCGCCAAGCUGCAGUCGGACAUUAGCUACGUGAUGGAGAAAAUCGAAAGCCGCGAGAAGCAUCUAAACAACGACCUGAAGGACUUGAUAGCGCAGUACAAACAGAUCCUGAUCGAGCAUAAUCAAGCGACGGGACAGAUACGACAGGCCGAGCAGGAGAAAACGGAACACGAGCACGAACUAUCGAAGAUCACCAACGAGCUGGAGAAUGUUAAGAUCCAGAUGGAGCAGCGUGGAAACUCGAUGACGGAUGGCAGUCCACUGAUCAACAUCAAGAAGGCAAUCUUUCGUAUCAAGGAAGAACUAUGCGAAAUGGACAUCAAGAUUGGUGUGAUGGAACAUUCGCUCAAUUCGGAAAUUGUCAGGCAGGGUUCACAGUACGCGGAACUGGAUUCGCUCGUAAUGGCUGCUCAUUAG